UGACCAUGAGGCAGGCGGUGGAGGCUCAGGUGUUAAACCCCCACUGUGAACUGGGAGAACACGGCCUGCGUCAGAUCCUGACAGAUGUGAUCGAGGAGGUGAGGCACUCGGUGAAUCAGGACAUCGAUGGAGCGGAGAUUCUCCACAGCUUGUUGAACGCCCCCUGGCUGCAGUCGCUGCUCAAGGUUUACGAGAGUCUUCAGAGGCACCUGAGAGAUUCUCCAGCUCCGGUUCUGGACUACGCUUCAGGACUCUCACUCCAGUUGCUGAUCGACAUCAGGGCGUUACAAGGCGGCUCUGAAGAGGCCAAAGAGCUCUACCGUCUCCUGCGGCAGACUCACCUGCAGGCUCUUCUGUCUGCUCAUGAUUCCGUGGCCCAGCGGGACUAUGAGCCAACGCUGCCUCCGAUGCCCGAGGACCUGCCGGACGACGAGGAAGCCACCAGGAUCGUCUGCCUGGUCAAAAACAAACAACCCUUGGGAGCGACUAUAAAGAGGAACGAGGUCACGGGGGAGAUUUUUAUCGCCCGGGUGAUUCACGGAGGACUGGCUGAUCGAAGUGGUCUGCUCCACGCAGGGGACCGGAUCAUAGAGGUGAACGGUUUCCCCGUGGAUGGGAUGGAGCCUGAGCAGGUCAUCCAAGUCGUGCAAGUGAGGUCGCAGGGCACCAUCAUGUUCAAGGUGGUUCCCAUCACAGAAAGGCCGGUCCACAACCAGACGAUGCUCUACGUGCGGUCCAUGGCCGACUACAGCCCCCAACAGGACCCAUCCAUCCCCUGCGCCGACGCCGGGAUGAGCUUCCGAAAGGGCGACGUGCUGGAGAUCGUGGACCAGACGGACGCCCUCUGGUGGCAGGCCAAGAAACUCCCCAGCAACACAGACUGCGCCGGCCUCAUCCCCUCCACCAACCUGCUCAGACGGAAGCAGAGGGACUUCUGGUGGGCUCAGCCUUAUCAGCCACAUGCCUGCGUUCAGACCUUGAGCACUGUAGACGAAGAGGAAGACAUGAUGGCCAUUGAUGGGAGAUGUGUCGAAGCAGAUGAGGAGGCAUUUGAAUCUGAGGAGCUCAGAGAAGAGGAGGAUGACUUCACCAGCAACAUUGAGGGGGUUUACUUAACGGGCUUCCGGCGCAGCAUGCGUUUGUGCAGACGGCACUUCCACAGCACCACGCAGCCGUCCUGCCACGCCCGCUGUCCCAGCAGCUGCCACAGCGCCACCAGCAGCCCCUACGAGGAAGUGGUUCGCUACCAGCGCCAACCGCAGGACCCACAGCGCCUUAUCGCCCUCUUAGGUCCGUCUAGUGUGGGUGUGAAUGAACUUCGGAGGCGCUUGAUCGAAACGAACCCCAACGUCUACCAAGGAGCUUUAGCUUACACCACGAGGGCACCCAAAUCCUAUGAGGAGUCGGGAAGAGAAUAUUUCUUCACCAGCAGAGAAGUCUUCGACAACAUGGUUUAUAACAACAGGUUUCUGGAGUACGGCGAGUACAAAGGGAAUCUGUACGGCACCAGCAUCGAGUCCGUGAGGGAGGUUUUAAACCGGGGAAAGAUCUGCGUCAUUGACAUCGAGCCCAACGCCAUUCAGGCAGUGAGGACCCACGAACUGAAGGCCUACAUCAUCUAUGUGAAGCCUCCGCCUCUGGAGCACCUCAGGGAGACCAGACAGGAUGCGUGCAUCACCACCAACUACUAUGUCAACAGACCCUUCAAAAGCGACGACUUCCAGGAGAUGGAAGAGGCCGCCCGCAAGAUGGAGUCGCACUUCUGUCAGUUCUUUGACCACGUGAUCGUUAACGACGAGCUGCAGGACUCCUGCGCCCAGCUGCUGACCGCGGUGAGGAAGGCUCAGGACGAGCCGCAGUGGGUCCCUGCCAGCUGGAUCCGGCCCACCACCGAGUCCUGAGGGAGGACGAAGGGGAAGAGGAGGGGCGAAGAGUGAUGUGACCCGCCCCCCUGGCCCUUUUUUUUGUUUUUAAUUAUUAUGGCAGCAAAUUUUGGCAAACUGAAAGUCUGGAAUAUCAUCUGGAAAACAUUAACAUGAAAUCAAUUUGUUUUUCUGUCCAACACUGCAUUUUCAAGGGGAGUAGGGCAUGAAAAAAAAAAUCGGAAUAUUUUGAUCUGGGUGUUUCUGACGUGCUUGAUCUGGUUCUUAAGUCGUUGUCAAAUCCCCAAAGACAAGAUGAAGCUGGACUCGUGCCCAAAGAAAUCCCUGAAGCUCUGUCAGUUUAAUCAGCUUUUUGUUUGUCUUUUAAAAGUAGGAAGACAACUCUAUUUAGACAAGUAUAAUAACACUACGAUCUUGGAAUUAUUACAGUCACAAUGUCCUUAUAAUAAGGUAGAUUUGUACUUUGCAUGUAGCUUGCUCUGCUCCCCUCUGUUGUAACAUAGAUCUGCAAAAAAGACUUGAGGUUUGUCCAACUGAUGUUUACAAAGUAGAAAUCCAAAUGCAGUUUUUUUUUAAUCUUGUAGGAUGGAUACUUUACAAUAAUCUGAAAGAAUGAUCCAGGUGAGCUGACUUCCUUUGUAGAUCCUGUGAGGUAGAGCCACAGAACAGGAUGAAGUACUCCAUAUGUCACGUCUAUCAUUUCUGUGUGUUUUUCUAUAGCUUAGCGUUUGUCAUUGCACGCCAAAAAAUUUACCCAAGGUUUACAAAAAGCUAAAUUAACCAAAUGCUGUGUUUGGCAAACUUGCAAAAAUAACACUUUAGUGACCUUAAACCAUGUUUUUCAUAGUAAAAUGCUUCCAAAGUGCAUGCAAAGCAAUGGAAUUUUAAAACGUGUACCUGUUUGUGACGUUAAUAA